AUGGCUGAGACCUCUACCAAGAGGUCUCCACAGUCUAACGGUCAACUCCUUCCCAACCAAAAGAUGCGCACAACCUGUAACGCCUGCCAACAAGCGAAGAUUCGAUGUAGCCACACCUACCCAUGUGACCGGUGCGAGAGUCACGGGUAUGAGUGUGUCUAUUCGAUCUCGCAACCGUUGGGCCGGCCGGCCAAGAAAAAGACGACCCGGCCGGCAGCAGCGGGGGCAGUCGGAAAGGCGCGCAGGGGGGAGGGGGUUGACCGUCCGACUCGGCGAAGUGCGGGGAGGGCAUCGAGGCCAACCCCAGCAGCGAGGGCGCAGCGGGCACGCAGAGUCCCGAGUCCGGUCCCGAGUCCAACAACAGCUUCCGGCUCGGGGCCUGAUUCAAGAGAAGAGUCGCACAAGAGCGACUCAAUCGCCGGCACUGAAGUCACACCACCGGAGGAAGACUUUCAGUGGCCGAGUUUCACAGCGUUGUUCUCGGAGGUUCCAGAAAAUCACAGAAAUGGAGAAGGGAUCCAGGACCAGGAUGUCGUCAGCACAAACGAGGCCAAUAACCACGUCGAUCCAGGAUUAAUCGUUACUACCCUGGACAGCUCGUUUGAACGAACUGACGGAUUCGGAAGUUGUGGGGAUUCCCGUUUUCCUGAGCCGCGUGUUGACUAUUCCACACAGUGUCAUUCUCCCAAGAUCGGUUUGAUGAUCGAUGAACCCCCCAUUGGAGGAUUCCUCCACACCGCUGCGCCGGGCACCCAGUCCGGCUCACUCUUUCAGGGUGGUGCAAUCUACCCCUUCAGCCUCGCACCGAACGCAAUUCAGGUCUCCGGAACAGUCCAGGAUCCGGCCAGAAUCAUGGAAUUGCCCUCCAAUGAUACCUGGCAAGAACCACUUGAUACUGAUUCCAGACAAUCUCUUCCACCAGAAGGGAUUGAUUUUGAGAUACUGCCAGAAGAUGCUUCUUCCCUUCACUGCAAUUGCUAUGCCCAGGCUUUCAGUGAAGUCGUUCGAUCCGACGAGGCAAAAGGGUCAAACGGCGUAUUGCUCCACCUUGAAAGGGUGCAGCAACAGGGAGUGGUCAUCCUUCAAUGUCUAGUGUGCUGUGCUUCAAACGCCAGGGCUAAAAUUCUCACUUUAUUAGUCAUGGCGAUUGAGAGAGCGGCACGGGCGUUGAAGGUGAGGGCCAAAUUGGCCACUACCUCGGUGCAAGGGGGAGUUUAUUCCGUGUGGGGGGAGGAGGACAUCAGCCAGAUGCACCGAUGCCUAUCUCAUUUGUCAAUAAUCGUCCGUUUCAUCCACCAAGAUCUCCAGUGUGCCUCGCCUUCAAAAUGGCAUCUAGUGAUGGCGGACGAGACAGAUCGUCGGCUGCAGUCAAUUAUUCGAAUCUUCGAGUGA